GUGAUCUCCAAGAAUCAAUAUCGUUCAUUCCGCUUGGUUAUUACUGACCAGUUCAAUAGAAUUUAAUUUGAGAUUUUAGUUUACUAUUAUGGUGUUUACACAAGCUUUCCGAGGAGUAUUCAACUGUAGUCGGACUCUUUCAAGUCGUAUUUUCAGGGUUUUUGAUUCUGUUAGCCAUGAACGUGGACUACAGAAUAUUUCAAAGAAAUCGCUUGCUUAUUUCUUUCCCAGUAGCUUCGCCGCAGAGCAUUUUUCGUAUUGGAACAAGUCAAGUCACGUGUUUUCGUCGAAAUUGGGUGGUUUAUUAUUGGCUGUUGGAGCAUAUUCUCUUUCUUGGUAUAUCUUUUCAACAAAAGUGGAAGCUGAUGCCAAUUUUGGAGUUUCUGAACAGUUGAAGGAAGCCGAAGAAAUCGAAGAACCAACGACUCAAGUUCGGUUUCCAAAAUGGUUAGAGGUGAUGGAGAGUGGAGUGUUGAAGAGGCAGCGUCUUCUUGGUGCAGGUCCACGAUUUAUGACACCUUUGAGAGUCAAAGUUUAUUCUGUUGGUGUUUACGUAGAUGAAAAAGAAGCGCGACCAGUAUUAUCUGGCUUUGAUUAUUCUAAUCCAGAGCAGUUAGAAGGGGAUGAAAGGUUUUGGUCCACUUUUUGUAUUCCUCGUAGUAUUCCUGGAGAGGGUAAGAAAGGGUUUGGGAAGACCUUUCGGUUGGUAUGUAUUCGUGAAGUUGCCGGAAAACAUAUGCAAAAUGGUUUCGAUCGUGGUUUAUUGAAAAGAGUACGUGACGCAGAGAAGAAAAUGAACAUGCCCGAUGGAAAACAAGCAUUGAAAAAGUUUAAUGGAUUUUUCCUGGAAAAAGGUUCAAUGGCAGUUGGUUGUGAGUUGUUGUUUGUUUGUUCAGCCAAUGGUACUGUGGAUACAUGGAUAGAUGGUGUCCACUAUGGACAAGUUAAAAAUGAUGCUCUUUGUUGGGCACUCAGUGACAUGUUCCUAGGCAUGAAACCAGUUUCAAAGGAAAUUAAACAACAAACAUCCAACGGAUGCUUUUCAUGGUUGCAAGAAAGUUAACUAAGAAAACCAACUUUUUUUAU